GUUUUUUUUAUUAUUAUGCAAUAUGAAACUUGAUUAAGAAUGGAUUAAGAAAUUUGAAGGGGAAAGAAAAUGAUUUAUGCUAAUUGUUUCCUCACUUGGCGCUUAAUAAUGGCGUAAUAAUUCCUUAAAGGAUGGACUUCAUACCCCUAACUUCAAGGUCUCUACUAUACUAUAUAUUAAGCCCUUAAUUCCUCCGCAACAUACUUAAUUUGCAUCAUUUAAUUACCAAGUUUCGAAAAACAAAAAUAAUAAUGUUAGGGAUAAUGGAAUAUAAUAUUAAGGAAGAGAUGAACUUAAAUUAUCAGUCUCAAGCUUCUGGGCAUCUUGUAUUGGAGCUUAAUCGUUUGCAAAAUCAGCUUAAAGAGAAAGAAUCCGAGUUUGAUUCUGCUCAGAGUGAGAUCAAGGCUUUGAGAGCUACGCAAGCGCUCAAGGAAAAGGCUCUCGACGAGCUCAAAAUCAAAUACGAUAAGUUGGAUGAGAAACUGAGAGUCACUGAGAGUGUUCUGCAGCAGAAGAAUCUCGAGUUGAAGAAACUAACCGAUGAAAAGAAGGAAGCAUUGGCUGCACAAUUUGCUGCCGAAGCAGCCCUUAGAAGGCUUCACACAAACCAAAAGGAUGACGAUUUUUUCCCACUCGAAUCAGUCAUCGCUCCCCUCGAAGCUGAUAUCAAGAUGUACAAGAAUGAGAUUGCAUCUUUACAAGAGAAUAACAAAGCUUUAGAGCGUCUUACGAAGUCUAAAGAAGCGGCUCUUGUCGAGACAGAGAAGAUCUUGAGGAGUGCCCUUGAAAGAGCUUUGAUAGUAGAGGAUAUACAAAACCAAAACCUGGAGUUAAGGAGACAGAUUGAAAUCUGCCAGGAGGAGAACAGAACUCUAGAAAAGACUAAUCGUCAGAAAGUUGUCGAGGUUGAAAAACUUAGUCAGAGCAUCCGGGAGCUUGAAGAAGCGGUUUUAGCUGGUGGGGCGACUGCUAACGUUGUUCGAGAAUAUAAACGCAAGAUUUCCGAACUCAAUGAAGAGAAGAGGGUCCUGGAGAGGGAACUAGCACGAGCUCGAGUCUCAGCAAACAGAGUAGCAACUGUUAUUGCUAAUGAAUGGAAAGGCGAGAAUGAUAAGGUGAUGCCGGUAAAGCAGUGGCUGGAAGAGCGUAGGGUCAUGCAGGCGGAGAUGCAACGUUUAAGAGACAAAUUAGCUGUGACGGAAAGAACAGCUAAAGCCGAAGCACAGCUUAAGGAAAAGUUCAAGCUCAGGCUAAAGACUCUGGAAGAAGGCCUUAAGCAUGCUGUGAGCAAUGCAGGCGCGCCAAAAACCCCGAGUUCUCUUCAGGUUCUGGGUUUUGUAUCGAACAAUGCAGGAUCUAGGAAGAGAUCUUCAUCACAGCCAAGAGGAUCAGUGAUGAAUAGGGGGAGCUCACCACUUCACCAGUCGAGCAUGGAGAAAGUGAAUAGUUUGGCGAAUCAUCUUUCAAGAGAGAACAUAGGUAAGAAAAGUUUAUGGGCGUCGAAAACCAUCAGUACAGAUCGAAGCGGAAAGGAAAACUCCGAGUUGAUAGCAUAUCCAGACAUGAAUUCUGAAGUGUCGAAAGAAAUCAGUUCCGCAGCUGAAGCAGAUAUGAAAAACGGUGCAAGGAGUGAAGAUGUUGUGUCAGGGUUUUUGUACGAUCAGCUUCAAAAAGAAGUGAUCAAUUUACGCAAACGCUGCCAGGCAAAAGACGAUGUAUUGAAUGCCAAAGAGGAAGAGAAUAAGACACUCCUGAAGAAAGUCGACACACUGACAAAAGCUAUAGAUGUGGAAGCAAGAAAAGCGAAGAAAGAAACAUUAGCAAUACAGAAGGCACCAGUAUCAACAGCAAAGGAUGACAAUAAGAAAAUUUGGAGCAAAAGUUUCCUCAAACGGGUUACAAAAUCUUCAUGAGAAUGUAAUCAGUUUGAAAGCUCUAAGAAGUUAAAAUAGGGAUUUUCCUGCAUGUUUUUUUGUUUCCGGUGUGUACAUGUUUGUGAAGAAACUAUUGAGUUACGAGUCAAACAGCUAUCCUUGCAUUAACAGUCAAAUCAAUUGGAAGCUGAGACAUAUAUUUUUGUGAAUUUGAUUUUAUGUACAAUGUAAAUAAGAUAUUAUCAGAAAUACAAUGUACAAUUCGAUUUUCGCCUAUCCGAGGAAAGCUCUACAUGGUCAGAUUCUUAAGAGUAAAAUGACACAAACAUAUACAGAUGUAAUCCAGUAUAAGUUUUGUG